UUUACAAAUCAAGUAAAAAUCAAAAUUUUUGUUUAUCAGUGAAAUUUUGUGAUACAUUUAUUUAAAUCGAGUCAAAUUCGCAUCAAUCAUGAAGACCAGAUCCCAAACAAGACUUCAGAAUCGAUCGUUGAUCGAAAAACUCCCAGUUGAGAUGUUGAUUGCAAUAUUCGUUUAUUUGGAUGCAUGGAGUAUUCGUCGUUGCUCCGAAUGCUGCAGGACUUUCUUCCAUGUAACUCUGUGUCCGAAAUUCCAAAAAUGCUUCGAGUUAAACAUGAAAGAGGUUUAUCUGGCAUCGCAUUGUGGUAUCGGAGAGACAUUUACAUCUGGAACCCGUACUAUCCGAACAUUUGAUAGCAUGACCUUGAACACGGUCAAUUUCAAAGAACUGCCAUUUGCUAAGAAUUUUUUCAUGCGACUCGGGCGGGAGAUCAAAACGUUGCAAAUUGAUGAAAACUUUAUGAUUCCUCAAUUCAAAAUGAAAGAUGCGCAAACCGAAAAAAGAAUCCGAAAAAAUAUCCUCAAAAACUUUCCGAAUUUACGCAAGCUGAUUGUCCAAAACAACAAAACACUUUUGAACCUUCAAUGUUUUCCAGCAUCGCUGCUUGAAAUCAGCAUUUCCAGUUUUGUGUACGAUGAACAAAAUUUGGAAACUGAUUACGUCGAUGUCGUGAAAAACAAAAAAGGAGCAGAUAAUUUACGAAAAAUGAUAUUCGGAAAAGUUGCAGGCGAGUCAAUUUGCUUUUCGGAUUUUCCAUUUAAAAAUCUGUUUUCAAGUGAAUUUAAGAAAAUAUUUGAUGAUGGACUCAAACUUGAUUGGUAUACAGCGAGAUGCAAUAAACUUGAUCACACGAUUGUCGAACCAGCAUGCAUCACAGGGACAAUGCUCAGUUCCUAUUCUCGCAUUCCAUUCCAUUUGUUAGCACAGUUUUCCAAUUUGGAGUCGAUUGAGUUCUUUGUUAUGAACAAUGAGAGGAUUAGUUCGUGUAUUUUUGAUCAUGACCAACCAUUGCCAGAUCUUUCUCGUAUUCGAACGAUUCAUUUAAUUGUCUACCCAACUUUAAUUUGUGAGGUUUGUGCUUCAAACCUUUUCAGUUCGUUGCCAAAUGUCACUCGUUUCAAACUUAGAGGAAAUUUGGUUGAAAGUCAAUGGCACGUAAUAUUGUCACACAUGCCAAAAUUGGAGAUAAUAGAAAUAAAAGGCUCGAUACCAGAACAUUUUUUUGAUUCUGCUGAGCACACGGAACAUUCGCUGGAACAUUUGAAGAAUUUACGAAGUUUAAAUAUACACGAUAGUGAAACAUACGAUGUUAAUGAACUUUCCAAUGAAAAUCUCAUGAAAUUUUCGUCCUUGCCAAAUUUAGAGGCUCUUCACUUAAUGAAAAAGGGGAUUUUUCAAACCGAUGGGAUCCUGAAUUUGUUGCAAAAAUGUCCCAACAUCUCGAUUUUCACUGCUAAGUCUCGUACAUUCAACUCAAAAAUGGUUCAGCAAAUGAUGCGUGGAUGGCCGCGUUUAAACACACUUAUCUUGCCAGAAUCUUUGUCGCUUGAUGACGAAACUUUCGAAGUAAUAAAAGACCAUGGGCGAUUUCUGAAGUAUUUAGGCAUUUCUUCGUUUCAACCGUGUUUGACAAUUCUGGAAAAAUAUUCUCUUUUUGAAAAGUUGCCAUCAUUAAAAUUCAUUUCGAUGGGAUUUUAUCGCUCGGAUGCUUGUAUUUUUACGCGCUCUGAGUUUCACGAAAGAGAAGCAUAUCCAGAAAAAAAGGGUGAACAUUAUGAGAAGUUGAAGAGAAAAAAGCCAUUACAAAAUUCUAUAUCAAAAAAGAGAUGUUAUAACGCAGAAUAUAACUUGUACUCGAAAUUGUUGAAUAUCGUGAUGUCCAUAAGUGAUUAAGUGUUGUCAAGUCAUUGCAAUAUUUAAAUUUUUGUUAUAUUUUGUUUUUUUUUUCAUAAAAUUUUGUAUGUACCUAACUUAGAAUUUGUAUGAAAUAAAAAUUGUUUGUAUUGUU